GAAAUACAAUGCAAAAGAAAUCAAUGCGAUUAAGGAAUGAAAGUGACAAGUGACUUAAGGUUUUGAGAAAGCUAGAUAAUUAGUAACAACUGUACCACAGCGAUCAAUAUUACACCAUAUCACCCAACGGCUUGAACCAUUGAUUACGAAUAUUGUCUUUUGAUGGAGGGGGCACAUCAAACCCGGAAGUCUACACCUAUCGACGUGGUUGAAAGAACCUCCAUUCGAAGUCCGGAAAUUACAGAUGUAUUCAAAAAUCUUCUUUUAUCAAAAGCAACAAGUCAAGCAACAUUGGAUUGUUUAAAACGUUGUAUGGAAUUGAUCAAACAUCAAGAGAUAACAAGUAUAGUAGAAAAUGGUAAAAUGGCUAAAUCGUAUGCUUCAAAUACUACAGACAGUACAAGUUUGUAUCCUAGUGUAUUUAGUACUGUGGUUGAUUCAUCUGAAACUUACAAAAUCAAUGAUAUGAAUAUCUCUAAUGGCAUUUCAAGUGUUCAACUAUCAGAAGAAAUGAAGAAUAUUCUUUCUACAUUUCCACUGCCUAUAAAAGAUAUGCAAAUUAAUUGCAAAGAUAUGCCAAACGAUGUAGAUGAAAUCGAUGAUAAUCGUAAUGAUAACAAUGAAGUUUUUGCUAAUAACAAUGAUAAUAAUAGUUCACAAAAACAAAUUAUAAAUUCAUAUAAUGAUGAUGACGAAAAUGAUGAACAUAAUAAAAAAGUCAUUUUACACUUACUUUCUCAAUUAAAAAUUGGUAUGGAAUUAACUAAGGUAGUUUUCCCUACGUUUAUUUUGGCGGAAUAUUCUUUGCUAGAAAUGUUUGCUAAUUAUAUGGCCCAUCCGAAUUUGUUUUGCAGCAUUACUGAUUAUGUAGAUCCUGAAUGGCGUAUGAUAGCAUUUAUUCAAUGGUAUCUUACUACAUUUCAUUCUGGACAUCUGGAUACAAUCGCUAAAAAGCCAUAUAAUCCUAUUAUUGGUGAGACGUUUCAUUGUAGUUGGAUUGUACCACCAGAUCAACUAAACAGUGAAUCAUGUUUAUCAGAAAUAAAUAAAGAUACGUGUAAAAUGUCCACCACCACAAAAAACAACUACAAUGUACCCAUAGUUAUAAGAUAUUGUGCUGAACAAGUUUCUCAUCAUCCAUCUGUUACUGCCUUUCAAUUUUCUUGUCCUAUCAAACAAAUGAAAUUGACUGGUUCAUUGUGUACUCAGUCUAAAUUCCAAGGCAUGAGUGUUUGUGCAGCAAUGUUAGGCAAAUUAAUAUUGAAACUUGGUGAGCAUAAUGACGAAGAGUAUCACUUUUCCCUGCCUACGGUGUACGCUAGAUCAAUUUUAACAGUACCUUGGGUUGAAUUCGGUGAUAAAGUCUCUGUCACAUGCCCUCAAACUGGCUAUUCAGCUGUUAUCACAUUUUUAACUAAGCCACAUUAUGAAGAUAAACUACAUUGUAUCACUGGAGAAAUUUACAAUACACACAGUAUUUCUCCAACUUCAUCUGAUCGUUCAGCCAAAGGGCCUGGGUCAUCACCAUUAAGUUCAGUUAGAAAUAGCAAUCAUUUAAUUGCACGUAUUUCUGGUGAAUGGAAUAAUAUUAUCAAUUUUGAAGUUUUUAAUAAGAAUUUAAAUAAAUGGUCAGUGAAUGUCAAUCAAUUGCCUGUUUUCUCAAAACAUAUACGUCCUAUUGAAUAUCAACAACCAGAAGAAUCUCGUCGUUUAUGGCAAAAUGUUACUAAAGCUUUACAAUUAAAAAAUUUUAAUUUGGCUACAGAGAAAAAACAAGAACUUGAAGAACGACAACGUUCAAGUGAGAACUAUCGAGCAUUGUAUAAAUUCGCUUUCCCAGUCAAAUACUUCACAUGGUAUGAAAACUCUUGGAUAUUCAAAACCACUUGUAAUCAAUAA